AUGAUUCUCCGGAGUAAAACACUUGUUGCUGGCUCAGCGCUGGUCGCUGUAGCUAGUGCUUCGCAACCUGGAGCUCCAGCGCCUGUACCAGGUCCCAUGAGAGACCUUACUUGGGGUCAAAUUAACUUUAUCCACACAACGGAUACGCAUGGCUGGAUUGGUGGCCACUUACAGGAACCUCAAUAUUCUGCCGAUUGGGGUGACUACAUCUCCUUCACCAAGCACAUGCGCGACGAAGCCGACAGAAAGGGAGCCGACCUACUAGUCAUCGAUACCGGUGAUCGCAUCGAGGGAAAUGGCUUAUACGACGCCUCGACCCCCAAGGGCCUCUUCCAAUAUGACAUCUAUGCCGAAGCCGAUGUCGACAUCAUGUCUACCGGCAAUCAUGAGCUCUACAAGGCCUACUCAGCUGAUAUGGAACACAACACCACUGUUCCCAACUACAAGAACAGCUACCUUGCAUCCAACCUCGACUACAUCAGUUUUGAAACCGACGAUCGCGUUCCUCAAGCCCCGCGCUACAAGAAGUUCAAGACAAAGAACCAGGGCCUUAACAUUGUGGCUUUCGGCUUUCUUUUCGAUUUUACCGGCAAUGCCAACAAUACGGUUGUUCAACCCGUCGAACAGACCAUCAAGGAGGAUUGGUUCCAGGAAGCUAUCCGAGAGAAGCCUGAUCUCUUUGUUGUGAUUGGCCAUGUUGGUCUUCGCAUGGAGGAGUUCAAGGUCAUCUAUACUGCCAUUCGCAAACAAAACUGGCAUAUCCCCAUUGCCUUCUUUGGAGGCCACGCGCAUGUUCGCGACACUGUUCAGUAUGACUCUAAGGCUUUGGCUAUAGCCAGCGGUCGCUAUUUCGAGACUAUCGGGUGGAUGUCAAUUGAUGGUAUUCAGAAAGACAUUCAGGGCAGCACCAAAGAAGUCGAGACAGCUGCUUCUCCUACCUUCACUCGCCGAUACAUCGACAACAACCUCUAUGGCCUGCACUACCACACUGGUCUCAACGAAACAACAUUCCCCACUGAGCAUGGAAAGAGAGUCAGCAAGAUGAUCACCCGUGCCCGCAAGGCCCUGCAGCUCGAUUACACAUUCGGCUGUGCUCCAAAGACACUUUGGAUGGCUCGAGCCAAGCACACUGACGAGGAUAGCAUUUUCCACUGGAUCUCGAAUCACGUCUUGCCCGAUGUCAUUACUCGCAAAGAUCGCAAAGACAAGUCGAGACUGGCUAUCUUCAACACAGGUGGUAUCCGAUUUGACAUUUUCAAGGGUGGUUUCACACGAGACAGCACUUAUGCUGUGUGCCCCUUUACCAGUGGAUUUAAAUAUAUCCCCGACGUCCCAUACAAAGCCGCAUCCAAGGUCAUUGAGCUUCUCAACAGCGCCGGAAGGAUCUUUGCUGAGAAUGGCCUUGACGUCAAGUAUAUGGCCAUGCCAGAGCAAGCUUUCCCUGCUCCCGUUAUGAAGGCUCAGUUCGAGGCGAACAAGAUUGAUGAAGAAGAGCGCCGUCUCGAACUUAGGAGUUUCUUCGAUAAGCCUGAUUUGACUGCAGGCUACACUACUACAGAUGAUAUCGGCACCGAUGGCGAUGACACUAUUCACGAGCCAGUCAAGUUUUACGAACAGCCCAAUUGUAUUCAAGCUGAGAUUAACAUGCCCAAGGAUGGUGAGCCAGAGACGGUUGACUUUGUGUUCCUUGACUUUAUCCAGCCAUGGAUUAUCCCUGCCCUCAGACUUGCAGGAGCCGGUGAUUAUAGUGAUGCUCAUGUUGAGCGUUAUAUUGAGGGUUCUUUUACGUAUCACAUGGCUGAUUGGAUUAGCAAGAACUGGCAGGGUGAGUGUUGA